AUGUGGGCAUACGGCCUGCUGCUGAGGAAGCAUUCCACGCCCCCGGCGGGGAAACCGACGCCCCCGGCGGGGAAACCGACGCCCCCGGCGGGGAAACCGACGCCCCCGGCGGGGAAACCGACGCCCCCGGCGGGGAAACCGACGCCCCCGGCGGGGAAACCGACGCCCCCGGCGGGGAAACCGACGCCCCCGGCGGGGAAACCGACGCCCCCGGCGGGGAAACCGACGCCCCCGGCGGGGAAACCGACGCCCCCGGCGGGGAAACCGACGCCCCCGGCGGGGAAACCGACGCCCCCGGCGGGGAAACCGACGCCCCCGGCGGGGAAACCGACGCCCCCGGUGUGUGCCUCAUGGUUGACACUGCCAUCUCCUCCAUGGGGAUGA